GGGAGAAGACGCUUAGAGGGACUCGACUCUCCUCUUAGUGGACUCUGCUGCUCUGCUGAACCUCUUUCUGUGCUCCUUUUUCCCUUGGGAUCACAACCAUUUGAAAGAAUGGCGAGCUCAAGAAUGAGUUUCAAAUCAACAUCGCGCUCAAGCUAUGGUGGUAGUGGAUCUCUCCGAGGAGGAGUAGGAGUAGGAGGAGGAGGAAGUAGCUUUGUCAGCUUUGGCAGUGGUGGUGGCGGCGGCAGCGCCGCAUUGGGUGGAGGUCUGACGUCUUACAGCUCAAGAUCUGUCAUUAUUCCGACUAAAACUACAAUGUCCAUGGCCAGUGGUAUGGGUGGAGGCGGCGGUGCCUAUGGCGUUUCAUACAGUGCGUUGGGUGGCGCUAGUGGAUUCGGUGGCGCUGGUGGUGCAGCCUUUUGUGCACCAAUUGGCAAUGUGCAAUACAACCAGAGUCUCCUGUCCCCAAUGCAAAUUGAUAUCGACCCAACCAUCCAGUCUGUGAGAAUGCAGGAGAAAGAAGACAUCAAGAACCUGAACAACCGCUUCGCUUCAUUCAUCGAGAGGGUCCGCUCCCUGGAGCAGCAGAACAAAAUGCUGGAGACCAAGUGGAGCCUGCUGCAGGAGCAGACCACCACCCGCUCUAACAUCGACGCCAUGUUCGAGGCCUACAUCGCCAACCUGCGCAGACAGCUGGACGGGCUGGGCAAUGAGAAGAUGAAGCUGGAGGGAGAGCUGAGGAACAUGCAAGGACUGGUGGAGGAUUUCAAGAACAAAUACGAGGAUGAAAUCAACAAGCGUGCUGGUGUGGAGAACGAGUUUGUCCUCCUGAAGAAGGAUGUCGACGCCGCCUACAUGAACAAGGUUGAGCUGGAGGCCAAAGUUGAUUCCCUUCAGGAUGAGAUUGCCUUCCUCAGAGCUGUCUUCGAGGCUGAACUGGCCGAGCUCCAAGGACAGAUCAAGGACACAUCCGUCAUUGUGGAGAUGGACAACUCCCGCGGUUUGGACAUGGACGCCAUCGUGGCUGAAGUUAAGGCUCAGUAUGAACAAGUUUCUGCCAAAGCUAAAGAAGACGCUGAGUGUUGGUACCACCAGAAGUAUCAAGAAAUGCAGGACUCAGCAGGACAGUAUGGACAAGACAUCCGCAACACCAAGAGCGAGAUUGCUGAGCUUAACCGCAUGAUUGCCCGUCUCCAGAAUGAGAUUGAGAACGUCAAGGCUCAGCGAGCCACCCUCGAGGCUCAGAUCGCAGAGGCAGAGGAGCGCGGGGAGCUGGCCGUGAAGGACGCCAGGGUCCGCAUCAAGGACCUUGAGGAAGCUCUGCAGAGAGCAAAGCAGGACAUGGCCCGCCAAGUCCGUGAAUACCAGGAACUCAUGAAUGUCAAACUCGCCUUGGACAUUGAGAUCGCCACAUACAAGAAGCUGCUGGAGGGAGAGGAAGCCAGAAUCACCGCUCCUUUAGCUGCAAACGUCUUAAUUCAGCAGUCCUCCAGCAGUUCCGCUGGAGGAGCUGGAGGAGCUGGAGGAGUAGGAUAUCUCAGCGGCGGCGGAGGAGGAUACAGCAUUGGCGGCGGAGGAUAUGGCGGGGCCAUGGGCAUGAGCAUGGGCAUGGGCGGGGCCAUGGGCAUGGGCAUGGGCAUGGGCGGGGGCAUGGGCGGGGGCAUGGUAAAAAGCAUGGGCUACAGCAGCAGCAGCAGCACCCGCAUGGGCAGCAGUAGCCUCAGGCGCUAAGAAAAUCUAUCUUUCCCACCAAUCUCCAUGCAACUUCACCCUUCCACCUCUUCUUCCCCCCCCACACCUGAACCAUUCCUUCUACAUUGGGCAGAUCCACAGAAAUGCACAGCUCUUGUACACUCACAAAACCACACUGGAAGCACGGCAGAGCCAGAGAAAUCCCAAGAAAAAAGUCAGUCCUCUCUAUCAGUGGUCAGUCAGCCUGGUUGCCGGAUGUGCUGUCAUGUAGACAAGAGCCACACUCUUGUAGUGUCCUGUCAGAGAGUCCUUUAAGAGCAACUAUCAGGGAGCCGAAACACCCCUGACGCCGUGUUCACCUGUCGGGGUUUCUGUCGCUCAACUGAUCCUGUGAUGCUGUUCCACCGCGAGUGUCACUCUGAAUGAGAAAACCUAGAUAAGGCUGACUGUAUCCACCAGAUUUAAUGUGAGUGUGUACCAUCAAGUGUGUAUUAAAUCUGACUUCAAAAUUCA